AUGGAGAAGAAAAGCAUAACAAUUAGAGCUCAUUGUGUGGUCUUAGCAUAUCCAGCACAAGGUCACAUAAAUCCCAUGCUUCAAUUCUCCAAGCUUUUGGAACAUGAAGGGGUGAGAGUAACACUAGUUUCCACUCGUUUCUUUUGCAAGAACUUGCAAAAAUUGCCAGCUAGCAUUGCACUUGAAACCAUUUCUGAUGGAUUUGACAAAGGUGGUGAAAAAGAAGCUGGUAACUUUAAGGCCUACAUGGAUAAAUUUUGGCAAGUGGGUCCAGAGACUCUUGUAGAGCUUCUUGAGAAACUUGGUAGAUUAGGAAACCCUGUUGAUUGUGUUAUUUAUGAUGCAUUCUUCCCUUGGGUACUAGAUGUUACUAAGAGAUUUGGGAUAGUUGGUGCUGCUUUUCUAACUCAAAAUUUGCCAGUUAAUAGCAUAUACUAUCAUGCACUCUUGGGAAAGUUGCAAGUUCCCCUCAUGGGGCAUGAGAUUUCACUUCCUGCUUUGCCCAAACUUCAACUUGAAGACAUGCCUUCUUUCUUCUUUACAUACACAGAAAAUCCAGCUUUGUUUCAUUUGUUAGAGGGUCAGUUCUCCAAUAUAGACAAAGCUGAUUGGGUCCUAUGCAAUACAUUCUAUGAGCUGCAUGAAGAGAUUGCUGAUUGGAUGAAGAAUCUUUGGCCAAAAUUUCGGACCAUAGGACCAAACAUACCAUCUAUGUUCUUAGACAAGCGAUAUGAAGAUGACCAAGAUUAUGGUUUUGCACAAUUUAAGAGUGAAGAAUGCAUAGAAUGGCUAGAUGGUAAGCCAAAAGGAUCUGUUGUUUAUGUGUCAUUUGGGAGUAUAGUCACCCUUGACGAGGAGCAAAUGGAGGAACUAGCUUGCGGUUUGAGAGAGUGUGUGAGUUACUUCUUGUGGGUGGUGAGAGCCUCUGAAGAGAUUAAGCUACCCAAAGAUUUUGAAAAGAAAUCAGAGAAAGGCUUAGUGGUGACAUGGUGCUCCCAGCUAAAAGUUCUAGCUCAUGAAGCUAUAGGAUGCUUUGUAACACAUUGUGGUUGGAACUCCACAUUAGAAGCUUUGUGCUUAGAAGUCCCAACCAUUGCAAUGCCACUAUGGUCAGACCAAAGCACCAAUGCUAAGCAUAUUGUAGAUGUUUGGAAAAUGGGAAUUAGAGCCCCAUUUGAUGAGAAAAAGAUUGUGAGAAGAGAAGCACUAAAGCAUUCUAUACAGGAAAUUAUGGAGAGUGAGAGUAGCAAAGAAAUAAAGAGGAAUGCCAUUAAAUGGAAGACUUUAGCUGCAGGGGCUGUUGGUGAAGGUGGAAGUUCUCAUAAAAACAUUGCUGAAUUUAUGAAUAGCUUGUGUCAUUUAUAA